AUGGCUGACUUGGACACUUGCCCCAGAAGCACAAUUGUAGAGUCAGUCUCCUGCAACGUUACAGGGCUGACAAGCUUCUACUCCCCCCAUGGAACGGCGGAAACCAACACACCCAGGGAUCGCCAAUAUGAGAGAAAUGCAGAACAAACCCAAGAGCACAGCCAGGAGUUUCUCCAGUACACUUCCGAUCAAUCUAGGGAGAUGCUUCAUGAAGGUUUUGUGGACAGUCACCAACCAUACAGCGAGCCUAUAAUGGACAAAGCCUGCGGGUCUGCUAAGGGGGAAGUGGUUCAGGCUGCUGCUACUUUAGUCAGUGUGGUUACUGAUGUACCGCAACAAGGUGAAGGAUCCAACUGCUGGCACCGGAAUAAACUUGUCAGUGGGACAAGCAGUGAAGUCCUGCGAAAUUCAUCUGUGCCGCCGGAGUAUCACCGGAGAGCAAGCCUGAAUGAGACGGCGCCGAUCCUUGGAAAUAAGGCAUAUGAUAGGGUAUCUCCCACACGGCUAUUUUCCACGUUCUCCACGCAGCACGUUUCCCGAGACCUUCAGGUGCGUUCUGAAUCAUCAGGCCAGCGUAAUAGUAGGGUGUUUCAACAGCCGUUGCUGCAGCAGGAAGAGGUAUUGCCAUCAAAACAGCCGCCAAUUCAGAGUGCACCAAAUGUGUCGCGAUGCCUCCACAGUAACAGAGAGUGGGCAUCUGAAGGUCACUCCUGGCCCAAUCAAGGUGUUGCAACGACGCCAGUUGCCAGGUUUUCGGCGGAGACAAACCCGGAAGAACUGACUGCAAUUCAUGGAGUCAGGCUGCGCCCGAAUAGCCCGUGCAAAAGCAGCGAAAACUCUGCAACUGCCAAAGAUUUAGUAAUAAACGCACUUUGUGACCAAAUCCAGCAUCAACAAUGGAAGUUAAGAGUUCAGGAAAGUCGUUUGCACAACCAGGAACAACGCCUUCAUGAGCUCUCAGUGGGCAGCAGGCAUCCUGGAGUCGUCCCCAACCCAUCCAGAAAGACAAGGGAUGCGCGGCAACCCUGCAGAUCACCAGUGGUUACGGAGCAAUACCUGGCUCAGAUGCAGCAUAGGCUGCCUGCCCUUUUAAGCUUAGUUGUAGCUGGCCUGUUGACGGUGGCAGUGUCGUACAUGGGUAUGGCCAAUCUCUUAGCCAAGACGCCAUUCGAAUGCUAUUUUAUCCCUCCCCACUCUUUCCCGCUCCCAUACCAGUCUUGCUUAGACAAACCCUUGAAGGGCAACUCCAGUGCAAGCGGUGAGAAGGAAUCUCAUUUGUGCUGGCUGUGA